AUGCAAUCCCGUGUAGCUGUUGCGUUUCUCGUCCCCAAACAAACCAAGCUUGUCGACGCAGCUGGUCGUAUUACAUGGGUCAAUCCCAAUAUAUAUCCUUACAUGUGGAAGGUAGUUGAAGCUAGUGCACGGGGCACUGAAGAUUGUCAAGGUGCCUUUGAAGAUGCAUGUAUCCUGGACAUUUUUGCACUCUACCUGGAGAAUGUGCACAAUCUUCCAAAGGAGUUCCGCCACCAAAGUAUGCCAAAGGGAGCUUUGGCCAUUGCCACAGCUGCGGUUGAACGUGUGUGGAAGAUGUGGUCAAUGGGAACUUAUGUGAAACCGAAAAGAGCUGCACACUCACAAUUUGCCGAGGGCCUCUGGAAUGACCACACUGCAUUGGUGAUGGAAUCUCUCAAUAAAGCUAGUUGCAGGAAAUGGAAGUGUUGA